UGCCACCUAGCUACAAAUGGUUAUUGUAUUGCGAAUUUCUUCAUAGGAAGAAGAGAUAUUUGCAUUUAUUUAUUAUAAUCAAUUACAAAGAUGGAGGAAGAAGCCUGGUUGGAUCUCGUGGGCAUAAGCGCCGAUCCGCCGAACAGACGCGACAAGUGCGAGAAGUGCAAACGGCCAGUGGUUGUUUGCUGGUGUCCAGCUUUGCCGCAUCCACCAGAGGCGGUGUCCUCGCAGAUUGUGAUCCUGCAACAUCCCGCCGAAGAGAAACGAUCGCUGCGCACAGCACUUAUGCUUCAGUUGGGCCUAGAACCGGGAAAAUGUGUGGUGUACAAAGGCAAGCGUUUCCCCAACAAAAACCACGGUGAACUGCAGGGCAUUCUGGACUCCCCACAGACGCUACUCUUGUAUCCGAGCAGAGACUCAGUGCCGCUGGAGGAGGUGGACCACAGCGCGGGUCCCUACACUCUGGUGCUUAUAGAUGGCACCUGGCCGCAAGCCAAGGCAAUCUACGCCAGCAGCCCAGCUCUGCACCGUCUGCGACAGGUUAAACUAAUCGCCGUAGGCAUCAGCGACUACAUUAUCCGAACUCAGCCCACCGAGGGCUGCCUCAGCACCUUAGAAACUGCUGCCCAGUGCCUGGCCGUGCUCGAAGCCCGACCAGAGCUGCGGAACACGCUAGUGCGACCUCUGCACACACUUUGCAAGUUCCAACUAGAAAACGGAGCCGUGGAGCACCAGUCCAAGGAAUUCCUGCUAAAAAACAAUCAAUAUCCAAAACCCAUUGGCAAACGGUUGAGCCGCUUGCUUCGAAACACCACAUGCGAUGGCAAUGAGGAUACGUGAUAAUAGGAUAAGGAGGACGAAAACACCGGAAAAGUUGCUUGUGCGUGUGGUUUAUAGCCAAAUAGGUGUUCUUCGUAGUAAUAUUUUGUUUUGUAAUAGUAAUAUUAUAAUUUCCUAUUAAUUA